GGCACGGAUGAUCACGACAGCCUUGUCUCGUGCAAUCCGCCACGGCGCCUCGUCGAUGAUCUAACCUUAUCCUCCCAACCUCCAUCUUUUCUCACCCCUCCACCCCACCCACCUCUACCCUAUCUCGGGCCUGUGCCGCCGCUUCCCAACGCUGCGCGACAAUCUGAUCCAGCGAUAAGGACGCACAAGCUUGCCGGCACGCCCGAGAGCACAAGGUCACAAGCUAGAGACGACACAUAACCAAGCGGCUCAAAGCCAUUCAAAAGCUUUUGGCACACGUGUGAGGGGCAACAGCCAAGUUCCCAAUCGUACCGGUGACACCUUAGGGAGGACGUAGAAAGUUUGGGACCCCGCCCUGGCCUAGCUGUUGUCUAACGCGAGAGCAUCCCCUUUCCUCUGCUUACUCAGGUCUCAAAUGGCGACCCAGGCGCAGUGCGCCUUCUGCUUUGAGUGCAUAUCUGCGCGGUUGGAGAAAAGAAAGCGCCUCGCCCUAGCCCAGGUCGAGGAGCUAUGGGACCUUUAUGAGAACGGCGAGGAGGACGAGACCUCUGCCCAGCUCAAAGGUGAUGGCGGGCAGGUAGACGGCAUGGCAGAGGACGACGAGGUGGACGAGAAAUCGGCAACGGGCGAGAGCAGGACCUCGCCGUACAGACCCGCAGCCAUAAGCAGAUUACUUAACCCGUCACCAUCGUCGUCCUCAUCUUCGUCAACCCCUUCUGCCGCGUCUAGCACGCCGUCGCUCAGCUCAAGCACCUCCAAGGCGUCGUCACGAACGUCCCUCUUCUCGCUGCCUAAGAGGUUCACGAAGAGCAAGCGGGAGCCCGCCGCGGUAGACGUGGAUGACGACGAAUACCCGCUGUUCGUUACCUGGAACAAGGUCAACAGCAAGGGCCACAAACAGCUGGCGGGCUGCAUCGGCACUUUCGAGCCCUACCCCUUGGAGGAAGGGCUGCGAAUCUACUCCGAAACCUCUGCUUUUGACGAUUCACGCUUCGACCCCCUUACCCUCCGCGAUCUCCCCGUCCUCUCCUGCUCCAUCACCCUCCUAAUGCAUUUCGAGUCCAUCUCCGACCCCAUGGACUGGACAAUCGGCACGCACGGCCUGCGCAUCUCCUUCGUGUUCCAAGGCCGCCGUUUAGGUGCCACGUACCUUCCAGACGUAGCCAGGGAGCAAGGCUGGACCAAGGAGGAGACGAUCGUCAGUCUGAUGAGAAAAGCUGGUUGGAGUGGCAGAAGUAGCGAGUGGAGAGGAGUGAGAGACCUGAACUGCGUGCGGUAUCAGGGGCUGAAGGCUAGCCUUGGCUAUCGAGAAUGGAAGGAGUGGCGCACGUGGGUUGAGGAGACAGGUAGGGACGAGGACGUGAUGGACAUUUGACCGCAUGUUCGUAUUGAUACCAUACUCAGUCUAUAUGAGUCGACAUGUCUUGAUGCUCAUGUUUCCGACUGCCAUCCGAC